GGCCCCGCCCCUUCGUCUCUGCUGCCGCGGACCCUCAAGCCGCUGGCGCAGCGAUGGCGGAGGCGGUGGAGCGCACCGACGAGCUGGUCCGGGAGUACCUGCUCUUUCGAGGCUUCACGCACACACUACGGCAGCUGGACGCCGAGAUCAAGGCGGACAAGGAGAAGGGGUUCCGGGUGGACAAGAUUGUGGACCAGCUACAGCAGUUAAUGCAGGUGUAUGACUUAGCUGCCCUUCGGGAUUACUGGAGCUACCUAGAACGGAGGCUCUUCAGCCGCUUGGAGGAUAUAUAUAGACCCACCAUCAACAAGCUGAAAACCAGCCUCUUCCGCUUUUAUCUUGUCUACACAAUCCAGACAAACAGAAAUGACAAGGCUCAGGAAUUCUUUGCAAAGCAGGCCACAGAGCUUCAGAACCAGGCUGAGUGGAAGGAUUGGUUUGUCCUGCCUUUCCUGCCAUCCCCAGACACCAACCCCACCUUUGCUACCUACUUUUCUCGACAGUGGGCUGACACCUUUAUUGUGUCCCUCCACAACUUCCUGAGUGUCCUGUUUCAGUGCAUGCCAGUUCCAGUGAUCCUGAACUUUGAUGCAGAGUGCCAGAGGACGAACCAGGUUCAAGAAGAAAAUGAAGUUCUGCGUCAGAAGCUUUUUGCCUUGCAAGCUGAAAUCCACCGACUAAAGAAGGAGGAGCAGCAACCUGAAGAGGAGGCGGCCUUGGUCCAACACAAAUUGCCUCCUUAUGUCUCCAAUAUGGACCGCCUGGGGGACUCAGAGCUAGCCAUGGUAUGCAGCCAGAGGACCACCUCCCUUUCCCAGUCACCUCGAGUAGGAUUCCUGUCCUCGUUGCUGCCUCAGAGUAAGAAGAGCCCCUCAAGGUUGUCGCCUGCCCAGGGACCUCUGCAGACUCAGAGCUCAGUCAAGAAAGAGUCCUUCAGCAGUCAGGCCUCCAAGGGAAAGGACCUGGUGCCAGGGGCCAAGGAUGGAAAGAGCCUCCUGGGCGGGCCAGCCUCUGGAGAGUCCAGCUGGGUACAGCAGCGGCAGCGGCGCCUGCAGGACCAUGGCAAGGAGAGGAAGGAGCUYUUCUCUACCACCUCCUCCCAGUGUGCAGAGAAGAAACUGGAAGCCAGUGGCCCUGAGGCUGAGCCCUGCCCAGAUCUCCACAUGGAACCAGUGGAGCCACUGACACGGGUGUCUACAGCAGGCCCUGAGGGAGGAGGCCGCCCGGAGCAACCCUUCAUCGUGCUGGGGCAGGAGGAGUAUGGGGAGCAUCACUCUUCCAUCAUGCACUGCAGAGUGGAUUGCUCAGGGAGGAGGGUUGCCAGCUUAGAUGUAGACGGGGUCAUCAAAGUGUGGUCCUUCAACCCCAUCAUGCAGACCAAAGCAUCUUCCAUUUCCAAGUCACCGCUGCUCUCUCUAGAAUGGGCCACCAAACGGGACAGGCUGCUCUUGUUGGGCAGUGGUGUAGGAACAGUGCGUCUCUAUGACACAGAAGCCAAGAAGAAUCUCUGUGAAAUCAACAUUAAUGAUGAUAUGCCCAGAAUCCUGUCUCUCGCGUGCAGCCCCAAUGGGGCCUCUUUCGUCUGUUCRGCUGCAGCUCCGAGUCUCACUUCCCAGGUGGACUCCUCGGCACCGGACAUUGGCAGCAAGGGCAUGAACCAGGUUCCUGGCAAGCUGCUACUGUGGGACACGAAGAGCAUGAAGCAGCAGCUUCAGUUCUCUCUGGACCCAGAACCCAUUGCUGUCAACUGUACAGCCUUCAAUCACAAUGGGAACCUGCUGGUCACAGGAGCAGCUGACGGUGUCAUCCGGCUGUUUGACAUGCAGCAGCACGAGUGUGCCAUGAGCUGGCAGGCCCACUGCGGGGAGGUCUGCUCCGUGGAGUUCAGCUGUGAUGAGAAUGCUGUGUACAGCAUCGGCGAGGAUGGCAAGUUCAUCCAAUGGAACAUCCACAAGAGUGGCUUGAAAGUGUCUGAGUACAGCCUCCCCUCGGAUGCCACCGGCCCCUUUGUACUGUCUGGUUACAGCGGCUACAAGCAGGUUCAAGUGCCCAGAGGCCGACUCUUCGCUUUUGACUCAGAGGGCAAUUAUAUGUUGACAUGCUCUGCCACAGGGGGAGUCAUCUACAAGCUGGGUGGUGAUGAGAAGGUUCUGGAGAGCUGCUUGAGCCUGGGUGGCCACCGGGCCCCUGUGGUCACUGUGGACUGGAGCACUGCCAUGGACUGUGGGACCUGCCUCACUGCCUCCAUGGAUGGCAAGAUCAAGCUGACCACCCUCCUGGCCCAUAAGCUCUGAAGGACCUGCCUCAAGUGACACCACAGAAACAGUAUUGUCCUAGUGUUGGGGGAGAACAGGACACACCCCUUCCAGGUCCCUGCCAGUGCAGCAGAUCUUCAGGCAAAGACUGUCCAGGGGGCUUGGGACUGUCCWGCUGCAGUGACUAGAACAGGAGCCUUAAGGAGCGGGUGGCAUGUUCUUCCCACAGAACAAAGUCAUGGGCUGAGAAGGAUCCUCCGACUGUGGGAGGAAAGCUCAGGAAGGAGAAACAGUAAUGGGGGCUGUGUUGGCCCAGGAGAGAUUGACAGUAUUUUAUAUAUAUCUCUGCUUAUUUUUCUUCUUUUUUUUUUUUWAAAAAAAGAGAAUGCUCUUGCAGUCACCUGGUGUCUCUUUUUAGGAUGCGUGUGUCACUUUGCCCUGAUGAUAGUCAGCCGUGGGCUCCCUGCCUUUGUUUCCCCACACCAGGUCUUUCUUACUUUCCUCGCUGGCCAUCAGUUCACCUGGGCUUUAUGGGAGUGGGACAUGGGCCCACAGCAUGCUCUUCUGUUUUGCCUGGGCUCAAGUUCAGGCCAGAGUGUUCUGUCUUCCCUGAGAGGUGGUGGCUUUUGUUACAGAAGCCCGUCUGGACAAGAGCAGGUACACAGGCUUCUGCUGCUGGUGGCCCAGUUUUAUCUGGAAGCUGCUGUUCCUAGCACUUCAUUUGGUGGCUUCUCUCAUUCUUCCAACUUGAUGCCCUUGAAGUUGAACAGUGCCAGCCACUUUUACUCUCUGCUGGCAAGUGGUGAGAGGGUAGCUCCCUGACCAUAUGGCUAGAAGGACCCCUGGGUUUCAGGCCUGACCACUUAAGUCUGAGCUGAGCCUGGACUAAUGGUGACCAUGCCCCCGCCUGAGGCCUGCCUGCUACUCCGCAGCUGGGCACCUUGAAGAGGAAGAUUCUCCCACAGUGGCAGCUGAGGCUGGGCAAGUGCAGGAGCCAACAUAGAAUGGUGGGCCUGGUCCUGGAGGGCUCCCAUGCUUUUCAGGGUGAUCUUGUCACCUAUGUAUGGGGAAUUGCUGCCACCAGCAACUCAAUAUAGUCAUUUUAUAGCUUCUUUGGGCUCCCGCCCAGUUCUGGAGUAGGGCUGGAAUGGCUGUCUUCUGCUGGGACUGAGGGACAGGUAGAGAGAGAUAUGCAUGUGGCUUGGUUACAGGAAAACACCAGAGACUUCAUGGUAAGUAGUUACCCAGUUUCUCCUAUUUCCAUCUCUAAAAUGAAGAAAGUGAAGACUUCUCCACUGCCAUGUCUUCACAUUGGCACUGAAACAUCUGAGUAAUCUAUCUCACCCCAGGAUUCUGGGGGACAGUCUAAAUGGUCUUGAGUUUCAUCUGAGAGUUCAUGGUCCAGUUUUUCUUCUCAUCUCAAAGUUCCUGCCUUAUGACCCUUUCUCUCCUCUCAAUAUGGUCCCCACAGCUUGCUGAAAUGGUUUAAGGAAUACAGCAACACAACACUUCAAACCCCUAGUGCUCCCGUCCCAGCCCACCUCCAGGAAGAGUGCUCAUCCUCAAAGCUUAUUGGAAACGCACAGUAAUCUCUCCUUCAAAACACCUGCGUAUUUCCACCCAAGGACCCAAGGUUCCCUACUGUUAUCUUCCAUGAGGGUAGAAAAAGAAAAUCAUGGAGGCAGGCCAGGCCUCAAGUCAUGAACCCCUCACCUGCACUGAGGGCCCUACAGGUGUAUUUCCCCAUCUGGUUUCCUUCUGCCCUCUCCUCAGGUAUCUGCCUGUGCCUCUACCCCAAGCCUCAGGCCAAAACCUAGCCCCCACGUGAUAUUCAAAUACCCAGGAAGCUCAGUGUGAUGUUUGGGAGUACAGUGUGUAUACAAUGUGGACUGACUAAAUCCAGUUAAUUAACAUUACAUGUUAGCUCACACACAAAAAUACAAUUUUAUCUGUCAAUUUAAAAAUAAAAAAACCCAACAAACCCCAUGUGCUUCAGGUGUUGCCAGUGCUUAUAGAUCUCAUAGCUGGGUUCGUUGCCCAUCCAGGGCCUCUCCCUACACUAAGACUAUGCAGACACACAGGCCUAUUUUCCAGCUGGCUGUGGAGAGGUUUUAAGGAGCGAAAUGUACAGGGGUAGUUCUACUGAGCAAGUAUUUUCUGUUCCUUUAUUCACAAAAGGAAAUGAUGCGAUUCUACUCCAGCCCUGUAGAUUUGUGAUGACUCACAGCCUAUGAAAGCCAGGACCUUUGAGGUCAGUGACUGAUGCCUUAGUGGUGGCCAGAGAGAAGCCUGUAUCCCAGUGGCCAGUCCUGCAGAGCCUGGAGGCUGGCCUGGUUCAACCAUA